UGACAAGACCAUAUCAGAAAGUGUGUUCGACUUUAUCUCGGACGUUGUGCCUCAGGUGGGACAAGCCUACUCAUCUGUGAGUCCAAAGACUGAGGAAAAAGAAAAGGUUCUAUGGAUCUUGCUGGAGGAUUGUGAUGUGAAUGAUCUUCAGCGUAAUCCAAACCUCCAAGGUGUCCAGGUGAAGACACAGCCGUUGCUGGCAAUUCUGGGCUAUGCCGACGGGGUACAGAUCUGGCUGAUCACACACACCGGAGAUGCGCAGGAGGUUCUGUCAGUACGCCAGGGCCCUGUGUCCUGUCUGCGAGUGCUGCCGACACCCGACCCUGAGGCUGACAAGUUCAAGGACAAACGACCCAUCAUCGGUGUCUGUGACUCCUCCAGUGCGGGGGCACCGUUCUGUGGUGUGAAGUUUGUGUCUCUGAAGACAGGAGACGAGGUUCACAACACAUCAUUCAAGACACUUCAGGUGCACGGGAUUGAGAGCAACAAGAGGUUUGUGGUGGUAGUGUUCCCGGAAAAGCUGUCUGUGUUUGACGCGUGUCGCUUGAGGCAGCUGUACUGGAUCACAGGCUGCUACCCGUGUCCUGGGCCGGCUGUGAACCCAAUCGCUCUGGGCGAUAGAUGGCUGGCUUAUGCAGACAACAGGCUCCUGCCUGUGCACCAGUCAUGUGGGGGUAUGUCGGGCGAUGGGUCACAGUCCUAUGCUGCAACAGUCAUCAACGCUGCCAAGGGAGCCUUCAAAGGUCUGUCCAAGUUUGGAGAAGCUAUGGUGAGCAGUGUGACUGGAACCAAGCCUGCCCCUCCACCCAGGAGACCUGAACCCUCCCCUCCCUUGGAGAAUGGGCACCGUCCGGGUAUUGUGUCUGUGGUGGAUCUCAAAUCUGUGAGGGGUGAUCAGUUCCACGUGCCCGACGACCCUGACAUUGAAGGACUUAUUGCCCAUUUCCACGCCCAUGCUAAUGAGCCAGUGGCUGCCAUGGCCUUUGACCAGAGCGGGAUUCUGCUGGUCACUGCCUGCAAGCUGGGUCACAACUUCCACGUGUUCAGCCUGGUGGCUCACCCGUGCUCCUCCUCCCUGGGCGCUGUCCACCAUCUCUACACGCUGCACCGCGGGGACACCACUGCCAAGGUGACCAACAUAGCCUUCACCAACGACAGUCGCUGGGUCACCGUGAGCACACACAGGGGGACCACUCAUGUUUUCCCCAUCACUCCUUACGGUGGUCCCAUCUGUGCCCGCACCCACUGCCAGCCCCGCGUGGUCAACCGUAUCAGUCGCUUCCACAAGUCUGCGGGACUGGAUGACUUUGAGCCGGGGGCAGCGGGCAGGCACAGUCCUGUACUGUCCAGUAGUCCAGGCAGUUCCGGUCCCCAGGAGAUGUGCCCACACUUGGUCCAGCACAACGCCCUGCGCAAUAACAUGGGGAACCCCCGCCUACCGCCCUACCCCCACCCCACCCAGGUCCGGCCGCUCGUCCAGAUCAAACAGCAUCUGUCCAUCCCCGGCCUGGGGUCAACCGCCACCUCUCCCGCCAGUGGCCCACGACCCACCAGCCCCACACAGUCGGGCUCGGCCCACGAUAAUAUGUUCAACGUGUGCGUGGCGUUUGCAGCCGAGAGGUGGGCUGGGAGGAGGAAUGAAAACUCCAAGAAGCGGGCGGUGGACUCCAUCUUUGUCCUGCACCAAAGCGGUCUGUUGACCGAACACUCCCUGGAUCCCAAGGCCCGGGCUGCGACAGGACCGGACCGUGCGUCUGACGACUCACCCAUCGACCUGGAGAUGAAAGGACUGCAGCAGUGGAACUUGCUCAGGUCAAGGUCGACCCCUGAGGUCAAACCGCCGCUGGCCUCCAACAACCCGCUGGUGGUGGCAGCCGAUGUGGUCCAGACACAGUUGCCGUCUGCCGAUGCCGCCAUUCACGACGUGGGCGAGCCAGAACCUCCCUCGGUGAGCCAGCACAGCCCCAAGGACAGCUUGACCUCUGGUGACCACCACAGUGGGCGGACAGCGGUGGAACAGGGCAGCCGGAGGGUGCUGGAUGAGCAGUGGGUGUCCCAGGUGGAAAUCAUCACCCACCAAGGCCCUCACCGGCGUCUCUGGAUGGGCCCACAGUUCUCCUUCAAGACCUACCAGAGCCCUCAGAGCACCACGGUCCUCUCCUCCUCCUCCUCCUCCCUCUUCUCCAGCAGUCCAGAGGCCAGCGGUCAAGUGACCACCAUGGACAUACUGACCGAUGACUGUGACCUGGACAGCCUCAAACUACACCCCAGCCGGUCAAGCCCUGUGGCCAUGCCCAACACGCGGCCGGCGUACACACGAUCCUCCACCACUGAGUGGAUGGCCAGCCCAGGUCGCAGUUACAGCAGUGGACCCUUGUACAUUGAGGCAGGGAGUUUUGAACAGUCUCCUAUCCUGAGCGAUGUCUAUAGCGGCUGGGCGGAGUCGAGCAUCUUGCGACAGCCACGGGGCAGCGAGGAAGAGGAAGACCAGCUGAGGAAGACGCUGGAGGAUGCCAUGUUGGAGACUCCACCCACCGACCGUGGGCCCAACAGCAUGGGGCUGCGAGAGG